UACUUUUGAGUUAAAGAGUAGUCUAGUUAUAGAAUUGUCAAUUACUUGAAAGUGUAAUAGAAAUACUGAGUCAAAUCUGAUGGGUGUCUAAAAGUAGUUGGUCUAUGAAACAAACUUUAUUGAUGCUAAUGAUAAUAGCUGCUGCUAACUGGAUGGUUUGCAUUUUCUAAAGAAAUUGUGCUGCAGAUGGAUGGAAAUCACAAAGGUUGAUAAUGUCAAAAACCUCUCUAGGCAGAAAGAUCAUUUCUGCUAAAAUCACAAACUGGGUUGAACCUUCUUUUGAUGAUUUAUUUGGGAGUUCAGAUUUUGCUCCUGCUUCUCACACAACAAAGUCAUCAAGAGUAAGUAACAGAGGUGGAAAAAGUCAGGUGCAUACUAUUAGCAGCAGCUCAAAAUCUCAGGCAACAAAGCGAGCAAAAUAUUUUUCAGCAGAUGAGCCUAGUGACAAGUCCAGACUAAACCAUAGUGAGCCAUGGGUCGAUAAAUACAGACCAGAAACGCAGGUUGAACUUGCUGUUCACAAAAAGAAAAUUGAGGAAGUGGAAGCAUGGUUGAAGUUGCAUUCCUUAUCGAGACAACUAAAGCAGGGUGGUUCUCUUCUGUUACUGACUGGUCCUGCUGGUUCUGGAAAAACUGCUACUUUACGUGUAUUGUCUAAGGAACUAGGAAUUCAAGUGCAAGAAUGGGUGAACCCACUUUCCUCAGAGUUUCAGAAAGAUGACUUCAGGGAAGUGUUUGACACAGAAUCACAUUUUCGAAACUUUUCGAAUGAGUGUCAGACAACAGUUUUCCAAGAUUUUUUGCUUAGGGCAAAUAAAUACAAUAAGCUGCAGAUGCUGGGAGACACGCUGGAUACAGAUAAGAAACUUAUUCUCAUAGAAGAUCUGCCAAACCAGUUUUACAGAGAUCCGUCUUGUUUGCAUGACAUUUUAAGAAAGUUUGUGCGAUCAGGUAAAUGUCCACUCAUUUUCAUAAUCUCGGACAGUGUCAGUGGAAACAACAACCAGCGGUUACUAUUUCCCAAAGAUAUCCAGGAUGAUCUUGGCAUAGCUACUAUAAGCUUCAACCCUGUGGCUCCUACAAGUAUGAUGAAAGUUCUGAACCGAAUUGUUGCUCAGGAAAUGAGUAGGAAUAUGGGAAAAUUUCUGGCUCCCGAUAAGGAAUAUUUAGAGUUGCUGUGUACGGGGAGUUCUGGAGAUAUCCGUAGUGCAAUAAACAGCCUUCAGUUUUCACGUUUACAGGGAUAUUCAUUAGAGAAAAGAAUGUGGUGUAGCAAGAAAGAAAGAAAGAGUUCCCUCAAGGCAAGCUCGUCAUCUUCAAAAAGUAAAGCACAAGAAACAUCUGUAAAGUCAACAGGAGAGUCAGAAGUGUUUCAAGCCAUUGGUGGGAAAGAUUCUUCAUUAUUUAUUUUUCGAGCACUAGGAAAGAUACUGUAUUGCAAGCGAGAGCCACGUGAGGUAUGCAAGUCUCCCUGUUUGCCAGCAAGUCUUUCUGAGUAUGAACGAGACCCUCUACUUGUGAAUCCUGAGGAGGUAAUAGAAAAAUCUCAGGUGUCGGGGGAACUUUUUCAUCUGUACCUUCACCAGAAUUACUUGGAUUUCUUCACAGAGAUCGAUGAUGUUGUUCGAGCCAGUGACUAUCUGAGUACUUCUGAUUUUCUUACUGCAGAGUGGAGUUCUCGGUCUACAAUGAAGGAGUAUAGUGCUUCUGUAGCUGCCCGAGGACUCAUUUUUUCUAACACAGAUAGAGCACUUGCCAACAGUCAUUCACGAGUCGGUUUUAAGCCGUUGCAUAAACCACAGUGGCUCUCGGUAAACAAAAAGUAUCGUGAGAACUGUCUUGCUGCCAAGUGCCUUUUUUCAAAUUUCUGUUUACCCCCCGUAUGUCUUCAAACACAAUUGUUGCCGUAUCUUGCCUUGUUGACCAGUCCUAUGCAAAAUCCAGCUCAGAUUGCUUUCAUACAGGAUGUUGGCUGUCUUCCUUUGAAAAGAUACUCCACGAGGUUAAAAUUAGAAGCUCUAACAGACAAAGAUACAGGAACAAUUGAUGUGGAUAGUGAUGAUGAUUUUGCCACAUGCGAGUCUGAGAGAAGAUGCAAAAACACCAUGAUUAGUGAUGCACUAAGCAGAGAGUCUGAAACAGCACAUGUGCCUUUGCCUUCUAUUCCAGCCACUGAAAGUGACUUGCCAGGCAGUCAGCCACAGCCAACAGUUGCUCAAGCUGUAAUGGAAGAAGAAGAAAUUGUAAUAGAAGACUAUGAUAGUGACUAACGGUCAUCAGUAUACAGAUGGUGGAAGGCCAACAUUGUAAUAUGCCAAUGUGAAGAAGUGAAAGUUCACUUGUAAGUGGCAUUUGGACUGAAGAUUGAAUAUUAAUGUUGGAACAGUCAGUCAAGUAUGCACUUUUCAGAAUGGAAACGGCAGUUUCAUAUUCAUUCCAACUUUUAGGCCAUAACAGACACUUUUAAUUUACAAAAGUUAAAAAAAAAAUGUAAACAGCGUAUGUAUCUGAUAAAAAGUGGUAGUAACAUAACUGUUGAGCAUCAGUGUUUUUUUUCAUUUAUUUGAACCUGAAAUAAUUUAUUUCUUUUUUGUAUAGUUUUAACAGCUGUGCUGCCCUGAACUGCACACUUGAUGUUGUGAGUGACAAGAAUAUGCUAAAGAUAUGCUGUAGAAGCUCUGCUUGUAUUCUAUGCUGUAUUUAAGUGUUACCAUUGAACUGUAAUGCUACCCAUAAUCUUCCAGAUUUGAAGCAUGGUAUGUAUUCGUUUUUGGUAGGGGAAACUGAUCAAGAACAUUAACAGUGGUGAAAGUUUGCAUAAUAGCACUGAUUUAUUUAAGCUGUACAUAAAACAAAUGUUCAUUCUUUUUGUACAGUGUAUUUUAAUUACAGCAAUUUAUUUGGUAAUA